CACUCACUUCAUCUCUACGCACCGUCUCUUGCGGAUCAACCUUUAAGAAUCGUCGCGACGCGAUUUUUUAAUCAUAGAAACGAAUUCUCCGGCUUAAGAAAGAUUUUUGUCGUACGGCACGAUUGAACGAAAUACACGGGAAUGAGAAAAUCGUUGGAAAUCUCGUUGAGAAAAGUGAAGUGUUCUUUAUCGUCCUGACAUAUCAAACGAUUCUUUAAAAACGAAAAAAGUUGACGAACCCUAUUUACAUUUGUAUCUCAAAUUUCGGAUGAUUCCGACGGCGAGGUUUUUUUGGGAAAUUUAUAGGUGACAAAAGUAUAAAUCGAAAAAUUAAUGUACCCUUUUGUUUGAACAUUUUUUGAUUCUCUUUUUCUUUCCUUGAAAACUUUUAUCCUUUUCACUGUUCUUGGAUAGCGUACAUCAACUUUCCGGGCUAAUUUACUCACAAUCAGACAGUCCACGUAUCCUUGACUAAUCGUUAAAAGCUCAAUCAAGAGGAUAUCACUGCUUUUCCAAAAAGGAAAAGAUCCCUUUAAAGAAAUUCACAUGUUUGUGGAUUCUAUGACAGUUCGAAUCACAAGAGGCGCUAUACGUGUAAUCGUUAUAAUACGCAGUGAAAAAUACGGUGCUCGUAGGACCACUUAACUCACCGGCCCUGACACAUUUCUCGAGCUCACGGAAUACAGUCAUCCUCCCUGGAUAUAUUCGCAGAUUCUUGCGAGUGAGUGCAGAACCGAGCCCCGCCGUCGAGCAGCAGCAGCAGAGCAGCGCCAGGUCAGCAGGAAGAUUUCGCCAGGAAGUGUUCGCCGAUAAAUACGCCAGGAGUGCCAACCCGAGUCUAGGACAAAAAUUUUGACUCUUUACACAAGACAGACUUACACACCCGCGCCGACAUCGUAGAAUGGUAGAAGGUGAACCUGACUCAAAGCACAAUCAUAAGUGUGAUGUAAAGGACGAUCGCCUAAACGGCUGCGGUUCAAAGGACCUAGAACUUGCCGGUAUUGGGUCAAAGGGUAAACACCCUGACCCCGAAAAAGGAGCGUACGUAAAGGCUGACUUCGAAAAGGCUAUCGAACUUACCGAGUAUGGCAAGUUUCACUACUUCCUGCUCACAGUAUGCGGGUUCGUCAGCACGAGCGAGGAGAUGGACGUAAUUUCUAUGUCCUUCAUCCUGCCAAGUGCACAAUGUGACCUUAAGCUCGAUACACAAGCAAAGGGAUGGCUCAACUCCAUAAUCUUCAUAGGCAUGAUGGCCGGUGCUUACGCGUGGGGCUCAGUGGCAGACGCCCUGGGUCGUCGCAAGGUACUAAUCGCCAUUUCAUUCAUAAACGGCCUGGCGAUCGUAGCCUCCAGCUUCAGUCAAUCUUAUGAACUCUUCAUGUUCUUCAGAUUCCUCAACGGCGCUGCCCUCGGUGGUAGCGGACCUGUCAUCUGGUCCUACUUUGCCGAAUUCCAGCCAAAGUCCAAACGUGGCUCCAUGUUGUCAUUCAUGGCCGCCUUUUGGACUCUUGGAAAUCUUUUCGUGGCUGGUCUUGCCUGGUUGGUCAUCCCUCAUGUUACCGGUAUCGUGAGCGCUGCGUUCACAUAUAACUCUUGGCGAAUCUUCCUGCUGAUAUGCGCUGUUCCCUCCUUCGUAGUGGCGGGGCUGCUUCUGCUGCUACCUGAAUCUCCGAAAUAUCUUUUAUCUCGCGGUCGUCACGAGGAGGCCUUGGACAUCUUCCGCGGGAUCUAUGCCAUCAACACCGGCAAGCCUCGUGACACGUACACUGUAAAAGAGCUCAUCCUCGAAGACUACAUUGCGCCAGAACCCCUGAAACCUGGCGUCGUGGAAAAAAACAAAUACAAAAUAAUGCUCGGCGACAUCAUGGACAACAGCAAACAGCUUUUCGUCUCGCCAAUCCUUCGCUUCACCAUCAUCUCGAUUGUAAUCAACUUCACUUUCCACAUUGGUUAUUACGGUCUCAUGAUGUGGUUCCCAGAACUGUUCAAUCGGUUCGACGAAUUCAAUCGCGAUCAUCCCAAUCAGGUCGCCUCCAUUUGCGAGGUCACCGAUUACGUCGUUAACAAGGGAUCGCACAGCGUUUCGAACGUUUGUUCCGCCAAGAUUAGCGAUUCCGUUUUUAUAGAUUCUUUGAUCACCGUCGCCUCUGCGAUACCGGCAAAUAUCGUUGCUGUACUUGGAAUGGAUCGUCUUGGACGCAAGUUUUUCCUUGUCUUCAGUACAUUGUCAUCCGGUCUCUGCUCCAUCGGUUUGUACUUCGUGUACAACAAGUAUCACAAUCUGAUUGUAUCCGCCUUCUUCAGUGGUGUUAUCAGCUGCGGUAACGCAGCUCUUGACUGUCUUAUCACUGAGGUCUUCCCGACAAACUUGCGUGCUACCGGUAUUGCCAUUUCCAUGGUGGCAGCACGUCUCGGUGGUAUCAUCGGUAAUAUCGUUAUAGCACAACUCUUGGAUAUGUAUUGUCCAGCACCCACCUUCAUCGUUGCCGCACUUCUCAUUGGAGGCGGUCUGCUCUGCUUAUUCUUACCGAACACAACGCGCGAACCACUUUCUUGACCCCGGUAUAAUGUCUACUAAGGAAGAAACCUUGUAUAGUCAUAAUGCAUUUGUGUUAAAUAUUACAAAUUUUAAGAUAACACCACACAGCAUCUCAAGCUCGCACCAACAGUCACACGUGGUAGAUUUAAUGAAAAUGAAAAAAAAAAAAAAGAAAAAUAUAAGACGAUAGCCGUUGUAUACCUGAUGAUUACUAAUAUACGUAGUGAGUAGAGACUAAUUAUGACUUGUUAAUCGGAUUAAUUGAGUUAAUCCAUAAUAUUAUAUGAAUACAUAUUUGUACGGUCAAGCAGGAUAUAUUCGUUUAUUUUGAUUGUUUAUUAAUAAGAUCUUGAAGGCAAGAUAAAUGACUUUCAUGGAUGAACAUUUUGCGGAACUUACACGAUAUAAUCUAAUCGAAGAUCUCGUGUUUAAAAGCAGUUUGAACUUUUAGGAGAAUAAAAUAGACCUUUCUUGCAAAA